AAAGUAACAAACAUAAAGAACUCCAAAAAAGAAGGAAAAGAAAAGGAAAAAAACCCAAUAAAGAAACAACAAACAAACCGUAAAACGCAUAACGCAUAAUAACGGUAUAAACGCGCGCGCAACAGACGCCAUCACGCCCCCCGCCCACCAUCUUGAUUCUACUUCUUCCUCGCGAGGCGGAAACAAAACAAAGAAAAAGAAACCAGGACAGGGGAAGAGAUCGAAAGGCGAAAAGGAUACUAAAAAAACGCAGGGAGGAAGCACCUCGAAAGGGAAACGCCGAUGAGCUGAAUGGCAGGAUAAAUCCUCAGCCUUUCCCCCCACACAAAAUAAAAAAAAAAACGACCAAAUUGCGCAACCAAAAGUCUUGAACAAAAAUCAACUGCUGCUGCAAACCGUAUGACUGAUUUAUAACAUUUGAGCGUACUGUAGCGAUUACCUCCCUAAGAAAACUUUAUACUAACUUACAACAGACAUAAAUAUAUAUACAUAUAUAGAGAUAUAUACAGGCGCAUAUACGGCCGCAUAUAUAGGAAUGGCAGGGCAAUAACUUUCAACUUUAAAACGUAUUAAAGUCAAUCAACGCUAGAAGCUUUGCUUAGUACCCACCAUCCCCCUCAACAAAUAUAUCCGAUAUACAAUAUUCACUGGCCGAUAAACGGUAACCGAUAUAUCCGAUAGAUAGCUGAGAGCAGAGUGAAAGGAAGCAGAGGAGAGUCUACGGAGAGGCCCGAAGAGAGGAAUGCAGCGGUGUCCCUACAUUCAUGAGAUGCGAGAACGAUUACUGGACCAGCCGCGGGAGACACUUCAACUCGAUAACAUGGAGCGGGCCAAUCUGCUCGACAAUCGCCAAUCGGCAUCCGAAUCCAAUCAGGUCGGCACUGUGGUCAAGCUGCAAGGCGAUGGAUACCACACGAGUCCUGCCCAUCAGAGGACUCCACUAGUUCCCCACGAUCUUGGCGAGGACUUUAAUUUGGAUUUCGAUGAUGACUUUCCCAUAGAUGCACGACGACCGAAAAACGCCAACGGCAAACAUCCACCGGUUCUGACGCGUCCACAGCAAAGGGUUUGCUACACAUUCAAGCCAAAUCCAAAUAAGUACAGUUUUAUGCCAGCGAAAAUAACGGUACAGGGCACAUACGAAACAAAUCCGAUAACGGGACCAAUCGAACUAUGGACAUCGCUGUUCAUUGUGACCAGUCUGGUGUAUGCGAUCCUCCUGAUCGUCGUCUGCAUCGCCUAUGUAAUCAGCGAUGUGACCACACACCGACUGCCAGUGCUCUACUACGAAACGUUCUUCACAUAUCUCUACGGCGUCAGCAUACUCUUCCUCCUCUAUGUCUUCUGUUUCCUGCUGCAGGAGAGCUCUUGCUGCAAUGGCGGCAACGGCAAUGGGGGCAGCAAGCCGAAACCACAACCCAAGGAGAAGAAGUCCAAGAAAGCCAAGAAUGCCGAUCCCGCCGAUUCGAAGGAUGCGAAGGGCUCUAAGGACUCUGGCAAGGCAGCCAAGGGCGCCGCAUAUCAAGAAGCACCCGUGGACGCCGAGGUGGCCGUCACCCCGAAGAAUGUGCGCAAACGCAAGACAACCCACAGUGAUCCCACGCAUGGCAGCUUCUUCCUACGAGUGGGAGCCAUCGCUUUCGGACUGGGCGCCAUGAUCUACAUUGGACUGGAAUUCGGAUCGUUCUUCGAGAUACCUUUCGACUCGCCCUGCCACCACAUCCUGAUCGGAGUGAAUCCGCUGCUCCAGAUGAUCUUCACCUUUAUGCAGAUGUACUUCAUCUUCAUGAACGCCCGGCUGAACAUCCACCGCUUCAAGGUGAUCGCCCGCUUCGGUCUGAUGCACGUGGUGGCCACCAACAUCUGUGUUUGGAUCCGCACCCUGGUCAAGGAAUCGCUGCUGGAGAUUACCAUCUAUCAUCAGAAGAACGCACCGGAGCCGGGUGCCUCCUCCAUUGCUCACUCCAUACGGCAGCAUGCGCUCCGUCAUGCCGGCACUGUGUUACGCACCCAUGCGGGGCCGAACAGUGAGUUCGAGGUCCUGGACGGCGAGGAUCUGCUGCCCAAGGAUGUGUACAAGAGCGACAAUGUGCUGUCCAAGCUGGUGCGCAACACUGUGGACGGGAUCUCCAAGAGCUUGGGCAUGGGAGGCGAUGCCAUCACCACAACCACAACCACAACGCGGGCACCGUACACCACACCGGGCUACCAAUGGCACAGCACUACUAUGGCCCGCAAGCUGAAGAAGUUUAUCACCAGCACCGCGGCCAGCACGGCUGCGGGCAGUGGCGGCAGUACCACCGCCUCUCCGGGCACCACCAUCACCACACCGAGCACCACCUUCAGUCCAUUCACCACCACCAGUUCCAUCAUCAGUUCCACCACAAGCACAGCCAGUUCCAUCAUCACCGCCAGUACCACAGCCAGUCCCCUGGAGAGCAGCAGCAGCAGCAGCAGCAGCAGCAGCAUCUUUGGCAGCGAAUCAUCGCCCUUUGGCGGCGGCCUGCAGCGAAUCCUUUCCAGCGCCGCACCGCCGAGCCUGGCGCCAGUCGAUGGGUUCGGUUCCGCAGCAGCCACGCCCGCCGGCGGCAACUCCAAUCCCAACUCAUUUGUGGACUCAUUCCUGGCCAGCACACUGAGCCCGGCCAUCAGCAGCACCACCGAGGGCGGUGGCGCCGGCAGCAUUAUGAACAAUCUCUUUGGCCAGGGACCCAUGGAGAAUAGCUUCCAGACGUAUACGGAUCUGGGGCACGAGGAGUCCACCGGCCUGGUUAGCUUUGAGAAUUUGGAGAGCCUGGACAAUAUAUAUCCGGCGGCAUUGUCCUCCAACAUCGGCACACUCAACUCCACCGCCUGCGGACGGAUCGACAUUAUGGGCACAAUCGUUUACGACUCGGCGCCGUAUCUGUAUCCAUUCAUCAUCGAGUACUCGCUGAUCGGGGCGGUGGUGUUGUAUGUGAUGUGGAAGCACAUUGGCCGCUAUCCGGGCAGGAUGAACGAUGAGGAUCUGGAGCAUCGGCUGGAGGUGAUGCUGUCCCGCCGAGCGGUGGCCAUGGCCCAGCAGGCGCGAUCCGGACGCGUCGACUGCGUUGGCUCGUCGAAGGGCCUGUUCUUCGGGCUGCUGCUGCUGGUCGGGGCCCUCAUCUGCCUGAUACUCUUCUUCGUCUUGGUGCGCCAUCAGCAGUUCUCGCUGUUGGCCAUUUACCUGGCCGACGCCAGUCACUGCAUCCUGAUGGCCUUUGCCAUUCUAGCCAUCAUAGUGGGCUUUAUAAGGGUAAAGAACCUGAAAUUCCGCUGUGAGGAGCAGUCAAACCUGAACGACAUCUUGCUGCGCAUCUCGGCCUUCGGCCUGUUCACCUACUCGGUGUUCAGCAUCAUUGCCGGUAGCUUGAAGGUCCUGGAGAGUGAGCCCAGCCUCCUGGUGACGACCACCGGCGGCGUGGCCGUCUUCCAAGUGAUCCUCCAGCUGCUGUUCAUCGCGGACGUGUCCCGGCGUCGCGUCCACCUGCCGGAGCAUGACCGCAGCAAGCCCGGCCGCCAGAUUGUCACCUUCCUACUCAUCUGCAACGUGGCCAUGUUCGCCAUCUACACCUUCGAAGCUCAAAAAGUAUUCGCCAAUCCUGUAAGUAGAUAUGUUCAGCUGGAGUUCUACGGCUUUGUGCCCUGGUCAAUCAUCCAGCGCAUCACACUGCCUCUGUGCAUCUUCCAUCGAUUCCACAGCGCCGUGACACUUGCCGAGAUCUGGAAGACCACCUACAAGGCACGCCUGGAGUAAGAUGGCACACAUGGCAGCGUCUACAGCCUGGAGGAGGCUCUAUGGGAUGCGGAUGUGGGAGUUAUAAUGAAAAUGCACCAAAACCAAAAUGUAGCGAACCCAAAAACAAAACAAAAGCAAACGCAAAAAACCAGAAAUCAAGUGAAGGAGAAGAGUUAGUUUCUAAUUACGUAUUAAAACAAAAACAAAAACAAAAACAUAUGCAUACUACAUAUAAUAUAUACAUUAAUGCAGAUAUGAAUAUAUUCUGAUUUUGUGUUCUUCGUUUUCGUUUUUUAGUUACUAAGUUCACGAACGAAACGAGAUCGAUUAACCCAAAAAGAAAUCCGAUGACCGAUAACGAUAGCACGCGCCUUCUCAUUUGCUUCCCAUUAUUUUUUUUACUUUGUUAAAACUGUGGAGAAAAAGAACUUAAGAACUAAGUCAUAGCGUUUACAGUUUCGCCCGCACGCACCCAUUAUUGCAUCUGAGUUAAAUAUUUAAUAUUAUUAAAUUAAAUACCUAUGUUUAUAGUAUACAUUAUAAACCUUAUUGUUUAGUUUACACUUUAGUUUUAGUUUCGUCUCCAACACCGCCGCAAUAUCCAUUGUUACUAACGAAGCGAAGGUUAAUAUAUACAUUUUAUAUUUGUUUUAACCCAUUAAAACCCCAAACGAUAACAAAAACUAAAAAAAAUCGAUUAAAAAUUCACAUUGCGAAUAAGAUGGAAAUUAUUCGAUAACAAAAUGGUUGUUUACUUUUCGCGUUGUUUCGCGAUUGCGAUUUUUGGGGUACAAUACAAUACACUCACACACACACACACACACACACACACACAUUUUGAGGGAAAAACACAUACACAGACACUCACGAACACACCUUAAGCAAUGCCAUGAAGAAUGCAGCCACAGGAAACGGAAAUGGAAACGAAGCGAAACAGGAAACGAUAACAGUUGGAACAUGUUCACACUCCUGCAUUCGGAAUCAAUUUUUCAACUUGACUUUUUCCACUUUUUCAACAACAAAACAGUAACAGCCGAACAACAACAACAAACUGUGAUGAAUUCUAUGAUUUGUUUCACAAUUUUACACCUAUUUUUGUGUUAUUUUUCUUAUAGUUUCUCAGCCGCAAUUAAUUCACCAAACUUUUGUAAGAAUUUAGAAACCACAAUGGCGCUAAGACAACUUCAUGGCCAAUUGUAAAAACAAAUUCCCACAGAAAACAAAAAAAAAAGAAACAAAACAGGAAAAAAACAAAAAGAAGAAAAAACAUACAAAUUUGGGGCGCAUUCAAAGGGCCAAAAAACACACAAAAA